AUGGCCUCUCGAUCCCCUCCGCUUCGCGCGUCGUCCGACCCUUUCGGCCCAGACCAAGAGAAGGACAUCCACAGUCUCUAUAAUCUACCAUUCGACCCUUCGGCUGAGAAGAGACGUUCUACACUAGGCUCAGCUUGGCGACGCCAAAGCGAGUAUCAAGAGACAGAUCCAUUUGGGGACGACCAUGAGGAAGGAGCAGUCAAGUACCGCACUUUGAAAUGGUGGCAAUGUAGUAUGAUCAUGAUCGCCGAGACGAUCUCUUUGGGUAUUCUGUCUUUACCUUCAGUCCUAGCGACCAUUGGUAUGGUGCCAGGCGCCAUUCUCAUUGUUGGCAUCGGAAUUGUGGCAACCUAUUCGGGAUAUGUCAUCGGACAGUUCAAGGCAGCACAUCCUUGGAUGCAGGCUAUGUUCUUUUCAAACCGGUGGGACCGCGCAGCUGCUAUCGGUCGCGAAGUCUUGGGUGCCGCCCAGACCAUUUUCCUCAUUUUCAGUAUGGCGAGUCAUAUUCUGACUUGGACCAUUUGCUUGAACACACUGACCGACGGGGCCGCCUGCACUAUUGUCUGGGGCAUUGUCGGCUUCUUCAGCAUUACGACGGCGGUGAUUGUCACCAUGGCAGGGACAGGAGCCAGGGGUCCUUCGCACGGUCAUUUCAACACCACCCAGUCUGCCACCUUCGCGACGGCAUUUCUCACCGUGACUAACAUAGUUUUUGCAAAUGCUGGCCAUGUAGCUUUCUUCAGUUUCAACUCCGAGAUGACGAAUCCACACGACUUUCCCAAGGCUUUCGUCUUGUUACAGGUUACCGAUACCAGCAUGUCGACUCACCAGCCUUGGGAUCCGCUGGGACACUGGUCGGAAAAGUCGCUUGGGGCCUGGCUGUUCCUCAACUACGGCCAAUAUACUCGCAAUUGGAGGAAGAUGGCCCUGACUGUGGUCAACCUCUUGGUGUUCGCCAUGGGUGCUGGCAUCGGCGGAAUGGGCUUGUAUGCCAGCGGCUACGCCAUCAGUAAUGAGCCAGACCGGUGCAGCUGGACCUGCAAGACCAACGCACAGUGA